AUGUGCUCUCCUGCCAGUCCCAAAAUCCUAUACAGGAACCCCCGGUUACUCCGGUUAGCUUUUCUGCAGCUUCAUCACCAGCAGCAGAGUGGUGUGUUCUGUGAUGUCCUUCUGCAGGCAGAAGGUGAAGCAGUCCCAGCCCACUGCUGCAUCCUGUCAGCCUGCAGCCCCUUCUUCACAGAGCGCCUGGAACGAGAGAGGCCAGCUCAGGAUCGGAAGGUGGUACUGGAGCUUGGGGGCCUGAAGAUCAGGACACUUAGGAAGCUGGUGGACUUCCUGUAUACUUCAGAGAUGGAAGUAUCUCAAGAGGAAGCCCAGGAUGUGCUUUCUGCUGCCCGUCAGCUCCGUGUAUCUGAGCUAGAGUCCCUUCAGCUAGAGGGUGGAAAGUUGGUGAAGGCCCCACAGGGCCGAAGAUUGAAUCGAGAGUGCUUACAACCACCGACUGCUGCACCAAUCUCUGCCAGAGUGGUGGUACCAAACCGCCACCCUCGAACUCCACUGCCUACCACCCAGACUCCCUGUCCUCUUGGGGCAGUGAGAUUGAAGUCUUUGGGAAAAGAGGGGCGCCAGGAGAAAAAUAACCGACAGAAUACAGGUAACUUAUCUGGUACUCUUCUGCUUAAGAGGAAGGCCAGAACCUGCCCAACUCCACAAGAAAAAGGCUCUUCAAGCCACAGUCAGGGGCCUAAGGAGAACAAGAAUGACCCUGCUGUUGGUCCUACAGCACUUUCCCCACCCAGCUUGUACCCGUCUGUGGAUGAGCGACUAUUACCCAGAAAGAUCAGGCUAAGUCGCUCAAAGCCAUCUCCUGAAAUCUGUGCAUUGAAUCCUUCUAGCAUUUUAAGUGGACCCAGCUCAGUGCCUACAGCCCCUGGCCGGCGUCUUUGGCGGCAGAGGAGUAUAAAUAAAGAAGCACCAGAGGACAAGCAGAAACCAGGGAGAGCUAGUCCUCUACAAAGCACCCCAAGCCCAUGUGGUCUUGGGAAGACAGGUGGGAACAAGAAGCGGAGCCCUGAAGUCAAGGCACCUAACUCAGAGUCUGCAGAGGAGGGGCAGGUUGGGAGAGUGAAACUUCGGAAAACUGUCAACGGGACUUGCUGGGAGGUGGUACAAGAGCCUCCCCUCAAAAACUCUCAAAAUAGCCCCCAGCUCCCAGAACCUGGGGGAGACUUAGAAGAGUCUUCAGGGACUCAGUCAUCCUCAGUUAAAGGGCAGGAAGUGUCAUCUGCUACAAUAGAACUGUGUCAGGACUCUCCUGCGUGCUCGAGGCUACAAGACAUUCUGCUUUCUGCUAGCCACUCCCCAGACCACCCAGUGGCCAAGUCCAAGUUUGGGUCCAGUCCAGAGCUGGUAGGGAAGGAACCGGUGUUGGAUACUGACUGCAGAGAGCCCUAUGCCUUUGACACAGCCCUACUGGGACAGCCUUGUGAAGCUGAGGAGUACCGAAUCACCAGUGCUGCUGCCACCAGUGAGCUGGAAGAGAUCCUGGACUUCAUGCUCUGUGGCUCAGACAUUGAGCCACCUAUAGGGUCUCUGGAGAGUCCUGAGGCUGAGGGCUGCAGAAGCCCUAGUUACCACCUGACAGAAACAGGAAAGAACUGGAUUGAAGGGGAAGAAUGGUGUUUGCCAGACCUGGAACUCUGGCCUAGGGAGCUCACAGGAUUGGAAAAGGAACCUGUUGUUGAGAACAAAGAGCCAAUUGAGCCCCUUAGCCCCCUUGUCAUGUCCUCUGAGAACAAAGAGCCAGUUGAGCCCCUUAGCCCUCUUGUCAUGCAUUCUGAGAUGAGUGAAGGAGAGGUGCUUUCAGUGGGAGGCUCUUGGACUCCAGAACUUGAAAUUACCAGCUCCCAGCCACUGGAUGGUCAGGGAGACAAACUUCUCCACGUUGACUCACUUGACCCUCCCCAAAGGUCUUAUGAGGACCUCUCACCUCCCGGCUCAAACUGGGUGGAGGAUGGGCUGGAAGUGUCCCUAACUAUGGAUGAGGUAUUAUAUCCUGCUACAGAGGCAGGCAAGGAGGUAUUUGGAAAUUCUGAGCUACUAGGCCCACUUCCCAUCAGCUCUGAAGAGGAAGAGAUUGAUGUGGUGGACUGGACAACAGAGGGGAAGCUAGUGCCCACUAGUAUUCCUUCUGUAUGGCCUGACCCUUCCUCAGAGUCAGAAACAGAGGUAGAUAUACUAACGUAG